AUGGCAUCCAAAACCACCACCGCUUCCCGGCCUGAUCUCAAGGCCACAGGGCAUCCCAAUCAAACAUUAUACUGCACUAAUCUCCCCGACAAGAUCAGCAAGCACGAUCUCCGCACUUCCCUUUAUUCCUUGUUCGCCACCUACGGGGCCGUCCUCGAUGUCGUGGCCAUGAAGACGAGCAAGAUGCGCGGUCAGGCUCAUAUCGUGUUUAAGGAUAUUCAAGCUAGCACGCAAGCAAUGCGCGCCUUGCAAGGCUUUAACUUUUUCGGGAAAGAGAUGAAAAUCGUCUAUGCUAAGGGCUCCUCCGACAUUCUGGCCAAGCUUCGUGGCACGUACAAUCCUCCGACUCUCGGUGCUGCGCCUGUUGGCGCCUCAACAGAUCUCCAAAAGUCAAUCUUCAAUGGCCCACCCGGUGCGAUCCCGCCUCGACCUGCUGGGGAGACGAAUGGGGAAGCGCACGGCACCAAGCGCCCACGUCAAGAUGAGAGCGACGAGGAAGAAGCCCCGAUGGAAGAGGACAGCGAUGUGUCCAUGGAAGCAUCUUCCGAUGAAGAUUAG